AUGGCCUCCUUGAAAUUCAUGUCACUUGUUUUUGUAGUCAUGCUUACUGUUCCCAGGAACUGUGAUUCACUCUCCUUGGCAUUGCCUCCAAAUUAUCUUCUUCCUGGUCCUCAUGAGCUUGUCUCAGUAUCCAAUGAACCCACUUCUCCACCUGAGCCCAUGUUGGCACCGUAUCCAUCUCCUCCUAAACAUCGUUCCAAAGGAAUCAAAGGAGCUUAUUGGCCCUCGUUUAAUAAUUUUCCAGCCUCCUCCAUUGACACCUCUUAUUUCACUCACAUUUAUUAUGCAUUCCUCUUACCUGAACCAGCCACUUUAAAGCUUAAUGUUACCCAAUUUGACCUGGCAAAAAUGUCAGAGCUAAUCAGCGUAUUACGUGCCCAAAACUUACCCAUCAAAAUCUUAUUAUCCAUUGGAGGAGGCGGUAAUCAUCCUGAAGUUUUUUCAAAAAUAGCCAGUUCCAAAGAAACACGUGCAACUUUCAUCAAUUCAACCGUCGAAAUAGCUAGAAAAUAUGGCUUUGAUGGUGUUGAUUUGGACUGGGAAUUCCCAGCUGAUGAUCAAGACAUGGCAAACCUGGGGUUAUUAUUUAGACAAUGGCGAAAAGCUUUGAAUCAUGAAGCUAGAGCCAGCGGAAAUCCACGUUUGUUGUUAACUUCUGCAGUUUAUUAUGCCUCUAAAUUCACCACAAUUGGCGAGCAUCGAUCAUAUCCAGCAGAUGCAAUUAAAAAUUACGUUGAUUGGGUGAGUCCAAUGUGCCUUAACUAUCAUGGUUCAUGGGAAAAUUUCACUGGGAUGCCUGCAGCACUUUACGAUCCUAGUGGUAAUUUAAGUGAUAGCUAUGGAAUCGGUUCCUGGAUUCAAGCCGGGGUACCGCCCGAGAAGUUGGUCAUGGGGCUGCCACUGUAUGGACGAACAUGGAGGCUCAAGGAUCCGACAGUGCAUGGAAUUGGAGCUCCGGCGUUAGGCGUCGGGCCUGGAGCUGGCAUCCUUACUUACAGUCAAAUUGUUGACUUUAACACAGUCAACUGUUCGAUUGUGAAGUUUGAUGAUGAAACGGUGGCGUAUUAUUCGUAUACUGGGGAUUCUUGGAUCGGGUACGAUGAUGUCAAGUCGGUUAAAAGGAAGGUCCGAUUUGCGAAGUCACGGGGCUUGGCUGGAUAUUUCUUUUGGGCCCUUGGCCAAGAUAAGAACUGGACAAUAGCAAGAAAAGGUGAGUGGGCAUAG